GAGCGUUAAAAAACAACAACCAAAAGUGAAAGAAACUUAUCUUCUCUCAAGGUUUACCUGACGAACUCCUCCACAUGACGUGUUUCAUUAAGAGUGAGAUUUAUUAAUGUUUUGUACUUUGAUUGGUUUCAAAGAAGCCUUAUAUUGGACUUGAUACCUGUUUGGAGAUGGCAGAAGGACCUUCAAAGAUGUCAGCGAUCAGCUCCAGUCCAGAUGAUCCAGUGAUCCUGAUUCUUCUGACAGGCAGAAACGGUUCUGGGAAAAGCUCAUCUGGAAACACUAUACUGGGAGGAAGAAAGUUUAAAGUUCAUGUACAACACAAAAAGCAUGAAGCUAAAAAUGAGUUCGGUGAAGAUUGUGAGGGUAAAACACAAAUUGGUGGGAAGCAGGUGUAUGUGAUUGAUUGUCCAGAUCUACUGGAUCCAGAUCUGAAUGAAGAGCAGCUGGAGGAACUGAAAGAGCAACUGGUCUCUCGAUGUUCAGCAGGUCUCAGUGCAGUUCUGCUGGUUGUGCCUUUAGUGAGAAAAGUGGAAAAUGAGGAAGAAAUCUUGGAUCAUAUAAAGGGUUUAUUUGGUCCUGAAAUUCAGAAAUACAUCAUGAUUCUGUUCACACAUAGAGAUGAACUGAAUGAUCUAGAUGAGACCACUGAUGAACAUCUAAAAAGUAAUGAUCAUGCUGAUCUCCAGCAACUGGUGACUGAAUGUGGAGGAAAGAUUCACUGUUUCAAUAACAAGAGCAAAUCAGAUGAUCAGGUACAAGAACUGCUGCAGAAGAUUGAAAGAAUGAUGAUGGAGAGUGGAGGAAAAUUUAUAAUGAAACAAAUGAGGAGGAGAUCAAGCAAGGAUGCUCCAGAUAUCAUUUUUUCAGGAGAGUCUCCAGCCAAAUAUUCACAGUUGAUUGAUGUGAUUCCUAAGAGGAAAGACCAGAUCAGGCUGGUUCUGCUGGGAAAAACUGGAUCUGGGAAAAGUGCCACUGGAAACACCAUCAUCGGCAGAAACGUAUUUGAAUCUUCAGCCAGUUCAAUAUCUCUGACCAAACAGUGCAGCUCAAAAACUAAUGAGAGGAUGGGUAAAGAGAUUACAGUUAUCGACACACCAGGACUUUUUGAUAAUAAACUCAGUGAAGAGGAGGUUCAAACUGAACUAUUGAAAUGCAUAACAUACUCGUCUCCUGGACCACAUGCUUUUAUUAUUGUCAUUAGAGUGGGUCGAUUCACUGAGGAGGAGAAAAAUACAGUGGAACAUCUCAAAGAAGUGUUUGGUGAACAGAUAGAAAAAUACACCAUGAUCAUCUUUACCCACAAAGAUCAAUUAGAUAAAGAAAAGAAAACCAUUGAAGAUUAUCUACAGAAUGCUGAUCCAGAUCUUCAGUCCCUCGUUCACAGUUGUGGAAAACGCUUCUUCUGUCUGAACAACAACUCUGCCAGUUUCCCCCAGUUUAAAGAUCUGAUCAGUAAAAUAGAGAUGAUGAUGGCAGAAAACAGAGGAUACUUCAGAAAUGAAACAUUUGAGGGAACAGAGAAAUGCAUUCAGGAGAUUCAGAAAAUUAAAUUACAUGAGAAAAUGGAGCCUUUGGGUUUAGCUGCAGAGUCUCAAUGUGAAGAAACACAUUUAAUCAAAACUCAUGAGUACAUAACAGUUCUAGUCAGAUGGUUAAGGGUGACAGGGGAUGAAAUGAACACCAUAAAGGAAUUCGAGAGACAAGGAAUCAAUAAUAUAGAGGCAGUAAUACGUGCGCUCCGAGCCACAGGAAAACAGGACAUGUGUGGAGUUCAGUGAGAGACUCAGCAAUGAUCAAACAUACUGUACAAUACAAAGCACUUAAAGUAUUUAAUAUACAUACUUAAACUGGCUUGACAGAAACAAGAAAGCUUGUUUGACAGAAAUAUUAUGCUAUGCUCUUAGAAGAUGUCAGGAGAUAUAUAUAUAUAUAUAUAU